CUCAACCUCAGUCAGUCUCCGCCCGGAAAGGAGGGAUGCUGCUGGUGUCUCUGCUGUCUGUGCUGUGACUUUGGGUGUUCGUUGAGGCUCCAGGACGUGACAGUGACACAACCUGAGGAAGUGGCGAUGAAGUGGAGGCGGCAGCGGUGACAGAAGACUGAGGACGAAGGAAGAGGAAAAGGAGGACUGUGAAGGUCAUAAUGUGGGCUGCUUCGGGACUUGCACUGACGGCCUGCCUGUGUAGCGGUGGCGGCGAUGGCGGCGGUGGAUGCUUGGCUUGGACUGGUGAGAGGAGCCAAGCGGAUGAGGAAAACCCUUCCUGCUAAAAUUCUGCCACGGAGACAACCACACGAGGACACCCACCCACCCAUGUCACGUAAAUAGCAUAAAGAGGACUGCAUUCCAGAUAUAUUAACUAUGUGCAUACUUUGACGUGUUGCCUGUAGAGAUGAAAAUUAAGGAUAUGCGGAGAGUGGGAGUCCAGAAAUCCUGAAGGAGAGUGGGAGGAGGAAGAGCUCACCUCAGGAUAUGACGAGGACACUUUAGACUUCGAACAUUGUCAUAGAGCUUUCCAGUGUGUCAUUGCCAUGGUUCAUAAUGACAAGUUUUCAGCAGCAGUCAUGGAGCCCCUGAAGCUGGGUGUGCGCACGCAGCCCCCGGCCCUGACGCUGGUGUACCGCAGCAGCCGUGGGAAGGAGCGCUACCGUGUGAUGCCCAUCAGGUUCCUCAACAAGUUUGGCUCAGUGGAAAAUGUACUGAAGGAGAUGAAAGACAGGCACAAGGAAUUUCUAGAUAAAGUGCCGGAUGUCAAGAUAGAGAAAAUGUUGCGCAUCCUUCAAGAGGUGGAACGUGGCCAUAGUGUAGAGGAGGCAGCUGCAUCAGCAGCCCGAGAGUAUAAUGUUGACCCCCACCAGGACCUCAACAAACUGGAUGACACUACGCUGGACAAGAAGAAAAAGGUGAUGAACAGCAGUUUUGAGAAAAACUGUGUCCGACCUGGUGAUCCUGGUUACGAGUAUGACAGACAAGUGGACUUUGGCAAAGAUGAGAAGGAGGAGGCUGGCUGGGACUCCCCGGAGGAUGACUUUUGGUCAUGAGUGCUGUGCAACGUGUGUGUCCGGGAGGCCGAAGUGAGUGAGGGCUACUAAUCCUGUUGCCCCUGAUUCCUCAUGGCUUCCUUCACACAUGCCUUGAAGCCUACCCAGCCCUCACUGGGUUGUUGACUCUAAAGGAAGAGAAACAUGGAUCAGCAAGUACUGUAACAAGAAUCUGCAGCACCUUAUGGGAUUUUUCCACACCAGUAGUUAUGUACAGGAAGUGAAAGCAGACCCAUGGUGCAGUGAACCUUUAAAUAAUCUGCCUGUUGCUCCAGUAUUAAAGGAAUGUGAUGACCCAGAUCAUCAUCCACUCAGUAAUACAAAAAUAAAAAGUCUUAUAAUGUUACUGAAUUAUGUGGAAUCAGUAUCUGUUUUGCACAGUGGCAGAAUCAUAACCAAUGAUGCUAAGGAUUUGUCCAAGAGUUGCUACACUGGUAAAUCAGUGAGAUAUGAUAAUGGUGGGAAUAGUGGAGUCAGAUACUGAGGGGACAGAAGAACACAAGUGGAAGUAGAGCCAGAGGCAAAAUAAGAACUGGGAAGUAGGGAAGCAGGAAGAACAUCUAAAUAAAAGGAGGAGCAUAAGGAUAGGAGGGAAACUUAUGCUAUAGGUCUUCAAUACAGAGCUAUUGGGCAACAAAUAUACCAUGAUGACACAAACUCCACCUUGUAUCAGCACUUAGGGUCUUCACACCACGGCCUUCAUCUCACUCUUGACACAUUGCUUGAAGGCAUCCCAGCCUUCACUCCGCGAGGUGUGCUGAGUAACAAUAGAGGCCACAGUGUUAAUGCAGGCUAAACAAACGCUUCAAUCCAACUUCUGCCAUCAAUUUCCCUGAUUGAAAUAGUGUUAGAGCCAAAUGUUUGCAAGUUACUUCUCAGGCCUAUCCAACAAGGAGGAUAUAAAAGGCCUAUCUGUCUUGUGGAAUGUGGAGCAAUGGAGAAAUUCCCUGUCCACAGGGAAAAGAGGGAGCACUCGUGUUAAAACAGAUGUCACAGAUGCCUUUGGCUCAUAAAUCACAAAACUAGUCAACACUGCUCGGCCAAGGCAGGACUGGCUCUCAACACUACUUCUUCCAGGAAAUUGUUGACAACAGCAAUUACUGGGACUCAAAAAUGUCUAACCUACAAAUGACUCUCACUGCCUCAUGUGCAUAGUGGGAGGUCACGUGCACAUACCUAUUAAGUUAAGGUUAAAACACCAUUCUUGUAGUUAAUUGCAGAGAAGACAAGAUUAAAUUAAGUUUUGUAACUAA